CCGGACUCAACUUGCUUGUGGUUAAGGUUUUGUCACUAAAUAACGCUUUCAGUUCAAGAUGUUUUGGGCGUGCGACCCAGCGUUAACGACUACUAUAGUCAACAGCUACCAGGUAGCGGGGCCGGUCUUCCAGCAGGCCCUGACUACAUUCUUGGCUGCGCAAUGUGCGAUCGCCGGCGAUCACUUAUGGCCAGCCGAUGCUACCGACAAGGUUCUCGAAGAUCCAAACUAUGACUUCAUCGUCGUCGGAGCUGGUUCCGCCGGAUCGGCUGUCGCCAAUCGUCUUAGCGAAAUAUCUGACUGGAAAGUGCUUUUAGUCGAAGCCGGUGGUAAUCCUACAUUGGCAACCGAGAUACCGCAACCUUACUACAGUAAUAUGGGCACAUCAGAAGACUGGGCUUACCAUACUGAACCACAGGAAGGGGCUUGUCGUGCCUACAAAAACAAGGGAUGCGCUUGGCCACGUGGUAAGGUGCUCGGCGGAAGCAGCAGCAUCAAUUUGAUGUUUUACGUUCGAGGUAACAAGGCUGAUUACGACGAAUGGGCCGCCGAUGGAAACGAAGGCUGGAGUUUCGAGGACGUCUUGCCCUACUUUAAGAAAAGUGAAAGCUUCAUGGGUAAAUUUGACGCGGAGGCGACUAAAUACCACAGCAAGGGCGGUUAUCUCAGUGUAGCUUCUGACGAUAAUAUGCACGAAAUCGAAGAUUUGAUAAUCAAGGCUGCAGUAGAAUUAGGACUGAAGAACUUGACCGACUGCAACGGUGACAGCCAAAUUGGAGUUAUGAAAUCGUUCACAACCACCAAGGGUGGAACAAGGUUCAGUACGGCCAGAGCUUUCCUUAGCCCUAUCAAGGACAGGAAGAACCUCCAUGUCAUCAAGAACGCUAUUGCCACCAAAAUUGUUUUUAAGCCCGGUACCAACAUAGUCAGCGGUGUUUUGUUAAACAAAGGUGGGCGCGAUAUUGCUGUAAAUGUAAGGAAAGAAGUUGUCGUUUCCGCUGGUGCUAUUAACUCCCCACAGCUGUUGUUGCUCUCCGGAAUUGGACCUCGCAAGCACUUGGAAGACCUAAACAUUGAAGUUAAAGCCGAUUUACCUGUCGGAGAAAACUUGCAGGACCAUUUGUUCGUACCCGUCUUCUAUACCAAACCUGGAGACAAGAAAGCUACUACCUUGCCUAAUAUUAUCUCUACUUUCAUUGAAUACUUCUUGCACAAUACUGGCGACUUAAUCGACACCAGCCCACACAGAGUUAUCGCUUUCGAAAACACAACCGACCCGAACUCUCCUGCUUCUGACAUGCAGUACCACUACUUGAUAUUCCCUCCAAGCUCCUACAACUUAUUGGACAUGUUCCGUAAGCACGGUUUAAGCGAAGAAGUCCACGAUAAGUUCCGUAAAAUGAACGAGAACAAAUACACCAUGCUCGUUUACAAUACUUUGUUGAAACCCAAAUCUGCGGGUAGAUUGUUAUUGAAGACCAAGAAUCCAUUCGACAAGCCAUUAUUGUAUGCUGAUUACUACAAGGAUAUCGAAGAUUUGUACACUGUUAUCAGGGCUUUCAAACAGCAUAGUUUGAGAUUGGGCGAGACCAAAGCCUUCAAGGAAUCUGGAUUUAAGCUGGAAUGGAUUGAGUUGGAUGCCUGUAAAAGGUUUGAUAAGAACAGCGACGAAUUCCUAGAAUGUAUUGCUAGGGAAAUUACAUUCUCAUUGUACCACCCAACGAGUACGGUGAAGAUGGGGGCCGAUGGUGACCCGACCUCCGUAGUGGACACGAAAUUGAGGGUUCGAAACGUUACCGGCCUCAGAGUAAUGGACGCUAGUAUAAUGCCUUCCGUAAUCAGAGGUAAUACUAACGCUCCUUCUAUCAUGAUCGGUGAGAAAGGAGCUGACAUGAUCAAGAAGCACUGGCUGCACACGCACACCGAACUAUAAAACAACAAUUAAAACACAAAAUUUUAACUUAUUUGUGAAACUUAAAUAAUUUAAAAUGUAACCUUGUUAUGUUUAA